UCUCUCGAUCUCUUUCUCAGAUCUCUUCAUAACUUCCUCCUAUCAUCGCCUCCGGCCAAACCGCUGGAUUUUCGCCGGAAUUCGCCCUGAAUCUGGUCUCAUUCUCGUCUUGUAAAUACCAAACAACAGACCAGCACGACGCCUUAAACAGCACCAGGACUUCAUCUUACACAAUGGAAUCCAGCACUAAGGCUACAGAUGGAGAAUUCCAAAGAACACAUUUACUCAAUCCUGAUGAUCAGAAAAAAAUUCCUUGGUGGUUGGAGGACAUAUCAUGCCUUCUUCAUUUAGCCGUUUUUGGCAUUUUGGGGGUAUUGUUGAGGUAUAUACUGCAAAAGCUGUUUGGCCCUAACGUGGCUGGCCUUACAGCAGUUGGAACGGCUCUUUACCUAGACCUCCCCUCCAACAUUGUGGGUUCUUUCUUGAUGGGCUGGUUGGGCAUCGUGUUCAAAGAAAACAUAAGCCACAUAUCCAAUCUACUAGCCAUUGGACUGACCACAGGAUUCUUGGGUAGUCUCACCACUUUCAGUGGAUGGAAUCAAAAAAUGCUGGAGUUGGCUGCAGAUGGCCGAUGGGUGGUUUCCAUUGCUGGCUACAUCAUCAUAGGCAUGGGGACUGUGUAUUUUUGCAUUGGUUUUGGGGUUUGGACUGCCAGAGGUUUUCUAUGCCUUCUGAGUCGACUCGGCAUGAGCAAUUCAGUUGGGUGGAAGGUGGAUAGUUACAAACGCCAUGUAGUGGUCUUGUUGCUGUUGGUAUUGAUGCUGGCCUUGUUAUUGGCUGUGAGUCGGGCAUUGAUGAAGACCCAGUUGGAAGCUGAUAAGACCAGUGCCCAAUUGUGGUUGGCCUGCAUGGUUGGGCCUCUAGGCGUGUGGGCUCGGUGGUUCCUCACCCGGCUCAAUGGUCGAGGGUUAGGAAGGAAGGGAUCGAUGAAGUGGGUCCCGUUCGGGACUCUGCUUGCUAAUGUUAUUGCAGCUUCUCUCAAUGCAGGACUGGCUACAACAAAGAAAGUGGUUAACACAAAGCGCUAUGAAAUCAUCGUGGACGGCAUUCAGCUUGGAUUUGUAGGGAAUUUAAGCACCGUCUCUACCUUUAUCGCUGAGAUCUAUGCUAUGGUUCACAGUGAAUGCCCGUGGAGAGCAACCAUCUAUGUCACACUCACAUUCGUUCCCUCGUUUGCCUUAGGGACAUUGUUAUAUUGUGUGCCUGUUUGGACAAAAGGAUAUUAAUGGGGUGGUCCACUGGCGAUCAAUCUCUCUUCAAGCUCACUUGGGCUCGUUCAAGAGCUUGUAAAUGGAGGUAAAUGAAAUUCAUUUCACAAUUCUACUUGGGAUUUCAAAUCAACCCCAUUUACUUCCAAUUCCAUUUACUGACAUUUACUCCCAUCCAAAUGCACCUCUUAUCUCAUUU